AUGGCGACGGCGUUACUGGGCCGGAUAAAAGGCCUGUAUCACUCAGUAGCACAGCAAAGCAAGGUAGUAGACAACCAGGAAGACAGCGUGAAGUUCCUGAAAGAAGCUGAUGACUUUAUAGACGUCCACCAGGUCACGGGUGUCACCGUGGAGGAGGAGGUUGAGCAGUUGGGGACCGCUUGUGAGGUCCUAGAUGAUUUGGAUGAUCGCCUGGGCCAGGCUAUUGCUCUCUGGAGCCAGCUGACCAUCAAUGAGGUGGAGCAGGAGGAAUUACCUUGGCCUCGAUUCCCGGAACCGAAUCCAAACCCGGAACCACCGAGACCAGUUGUCAAAGAAUUCAAGCGCGCCCGUCGCCCGCAACGAAAGAUACGGUAUAAGCAGCAGUGGAGAGCCUGGACCGAGGCACGGACGAUACCCGGCCUGAUAACGGUCGAUCUUUCUCGGGGAUUGCCAUGGUGGAUGCACGACAGGAACCACUACGGCCUGUGCAAGCCUUCCGAACAAGCUCAGCUCGAGAGGUCUGCAAAUGCCGUUCAGUUUAGCCGAACGUAUGCGCCCCCACGGCCUGUACCCGUAUCAUAUGGGCCUCCGGCUUCAGCGGUACCGAGACGGUCCUUCGUUCAGGAUGUAAGAGAAGCCCAGGAUCGCCAAUACUUCCUGCCUGGUCGGAAUUUGCAACUAUCCUACACCAGGACAGCGCGGGCUAGCUCGGCUGACUUUUGGCUUGAUGAUGAUUACGACCCUGAGUUUUGGCAGAAGAACCUCCGACCCGGAAACAUCUGGACCGAUCCGCCGCGUUAUCCAAAUUCCGAGGGUGAGCUAGUUUCUCCAAGGACGGUGCCGAUAAACCCGAGCGAUGGUUUGGGAAGGGUUGUUGCGGCCAAGGCUUUCGCAGGACCAGUGGUCCAGGAGUUCCAGGUACUUGAGCCUCAUACUUCGAGUCCGUUCAUGCCGGUAACAGCGGGCCCAGUGCUCGGGCCGAGCCUUCCCAACUUGGAAAACAGCGUCUACAAACGCCUGCGGCCUAUCCUGCGGCAAGUUGUGGCCCGCGCCAUUCCACCAUAG